AUGCGUGUCGGGUUUAGAUCCAAGAGUGCACACCUGUCAAACUCACCAAAACUCAUCUCAUUGACACUUUACUUGAUGCUAUUAGUUUUACCAACAAUCAUCAUUGCCGUAUCAAGAACCACCACCAACAGCAACGACAUUAACAAAAAGGUCUUAAACAAACGCCCCGCCCACAACUCAACAUUAGUCCCACUCAUCAAUAAUAACACCAACGCUAACGUCAACGCCAAUAGCUUCAAUAACAAGUCAUUUGCAAUUAUUCAAGGAACAAAAUUAGAACGAGAAAGUACUUCAUCCGGUUGGCAAAUAAACGCAGGAGUUUAUCUUGAGAAAUCAAUUGGUGAUGGACAUUCAACCAUGUGGGAAUCCAGCUCAGAUGAUGAUUCUUCUGAUGACGAUGGAUGGGGAUGGGCUAAGGGGGCUAGAAAGAGUAAAAGGAAAAAGUUUUCAAUGUUGUCCCAUAACCAGGGAGCUGAUGGGGUUGUUAAUAGUACUACCAAUGGGAAUGGGUCUGCUCGAAUUCAGAUGUAUAGCUAUGAUAAUGUUGUUGGUAUUGAUCAGCUUGGGUCCGAGUUAUUGACUGAUGGAGAAAUGGCUAUGGAAAUGGAUAAGUUCAAACUGAAGAAACAACAUUCUUGGUCAGAAAAAGAUAAAGGAGAAGAAAAUCUAGACGAUGGUGAUGUGUUAAAGUCAGACGCGAGCUACAUUUGGAACAAACUUUAUGAUCUUGUUAGGUUAUAUGUGUUUAUUCUUUGGAUAAUUUUAGUUGGAUGA